AUGCUCCGGAUAGGUUUCGCGUCUUCGCUCUGUCCGCCCUGCCUGCUAAUUUCCUCCAGAGGGGUCUCCGCGCGGAACAGUCGAGGGUCAGGUGAAAGCAACCAGCUGCCGGGCACUCAGCACUCGAUCGGAACACCAGCAGCCGAACACGAAGAACCCACCUCAAGAUGGUCAGUCACUCACACCCUCACGAAAGGUACAUCCUCCUUUGGUAAGCGCCACAGCAAGACCCACUCUCAGUGCCGUCGAUGUGGUAGGAGAUCGUUCCACAAACAACACAAGACUUGUGCCGCCUGUGGUUACCCAGCCGCCAAGACACGUUCGUACGAAUGGGGAGCCAAGGCUAAGCGUCGGCACACCACCGGUACCGGCCGAAUGAGGCAUCUCAAGGAUGUUCCCCGCCGAUUCAAGAAUGGAUUCCGAGAAGGCACCGUUGCCACCCGAAAAACCCCCUCGACCACAAAAGCUUGA